AUGGCGGGCAGAGGUAGGGGAAGAGGUCGUUCAACUGCUCAAACAGUCGAUUCUAGCCCUCCUAGACCAGGGGCAGAUUCGGCUAAAGCCCCAAUACACGCAGACCAGAAGACAGCUAGUCCUAAGGAGAGCGAUCUUACUGGACUUAAAAGGGCUUUAGGAUCUCUAAACCCAAAAUCUCAAGAUGAAUUGGACGCCUUUGCAACCAAAGCCCAAACGUUUGCAACAACCGACGAGAAAUACUCAGAACUUAUCGAUUAUCUUUACGAAAGGACUUUUGAGGACAAUGAGUUUGCUCAUAAAGCAGCCGUGGUUAUGAACACGUUAUCGUUACUUGCAGACGGGGGUAGCAAAUUCAGAUCUAAUUUACUCAAACGAGCUCAGGAGUACUACAAAAAUAGAGAUUCCUUUAAACUCGAAUCUCUGUCCCGCUGGAAUGGUCUUGCUAAUUUAAUUUGCGAGAUAUUUAAGGUGUUGAGGAUCGGUGGUGCACCCCUUAAGCCACUUGCUACGUCGGUUUAUCAGAUCCUAAGGGAGUUAUUGGAAGGUUGCUCUAACCCAGAAGAUGAAGAAGGGAUGCAGUUGGAGUGUUUCUAUACACAGUUCAAGAAUGUUGGCGAGAUUUUAGAAGUUGUUGAUCAGGAGAAGAUGGAUAGCCUUAUGUGCAUUGUUCGUGAUGUCAUCCUCAGUGGUUCAUCAACACAGCAGAUGCGCUGUAUGUUGACUGAAAUCCUUGAGCUCAAGUCAUCCAAAUGGAAGCUACCAAAGACUGUUGAAAGCUUCUACUGCGAUGCUAUGGCUGACAUCUUAGCUAGUCAAUAAUAAAGAAGUAUACAACUUAAAUAAUCAUCAGUUUCAUGAAUUUCUCUUGACAAAACCUUCUAUGAAGACCUAUGAAUACUAUAACUAAUAUAUAUAUAUAUAUAUAAAUAAUAUAAACCAGUGCUGUUGCAUUGAAGGCAUACACAGAUUGCAAGAAAAGGUAUCCACUGCAGCUUUACAGUACCUGAUCUUAUGAUGUCUCCCCACCCACCCUAGAAUUGAACAUGUGUUUUUGCAGUGUAAACAGUUUUAAGGAAAUUGUUACAAUAAUUUUUUAUCAAGUAAAAUAUUGUAUGGAAAAUCAAGCAUAAUCUAGUGACAUGGCACAAAAUUUUCAGAACUGGAAAUAUAUCAUAUAUGCUGGUUAGACCAGAAACAUGAAUAAAAUUAUGAACCUUCUGCUAAAA